AAUUCAUGGAUAUUAUCAUACGUUAAAAAUUAUUCAAUAUCUAUUUACAUUUAAUUAAUUAAUUAGCUAUAAGUAUGUUACGAAUUACCUGUUUGGUGAUUGUUGUGCUAGUGUCUAUUAGCCAAAGUUAUGGCAUUAGUAUUGGUGAUGGCUUUCCAAUAGAAAUAUUCACAGACUUUCUAAGUGAUAGGGGACAUGACCACAUGGGGCGACGAUUCAAGCGUGAACCACCACCACAUGAAAUGGAUUGUUGUGGUGACAAACCUAGCGAAGAAAAUUUAGCAACAAUGAAAAAAUGUGGUGAAAGUGUAAUGAAAGAUGGGGAACCAAAGAGCAAAGAAGAGAUGAUGAAAUUUGGAAUGAAAUUUGUGCAAUGUAUGUUGACAGAAACUGGAAUGCUCACCUCCAGUGGAUUAGCUGACAAAGCAAAAUUCAAGGAGAUCCUUGCAAAACAAGAUCCUGAUGACUGGCGACGAAAACAAAUGGAAGACCAGUAUGAUAAUUGUAUCAUGGAAGGAAAACAAAUGGCAGCAAAAUUCAAGGAAAAGAACCCUGAUUCUGAUAUUAAUGCUGAAGCCGGUGGAUUUUUACAUUGUCAAAUGCGUGGAAUAAUGAAAGAAUGCCCAGCUGAGAAAUUUAAAGCUGAUAACAAAGAUUGUCUUAAACUAAGAGAUAUGUUGGACAAGAAGCCGGAAGAUAUGUAAACUUGUCUUUUGUAGGAUAUGUUUUUAAACAAAAUAAAUGUUGUUGUGCACUAUCA